UAACUAAUGUUAUUUUUAUUUUGAUUGUUAUUUUUAUUUUAUUUUUUAAUUUCAAUUAAUUUAGUUUUUAUUUAAUGUAAUUUGAUAUUUUAAUUUAAUGGAAAAAAUAGUAUUAAAAAAAUGUUUUUAAUGUAUUUUUGAAUUAAAUUUAAAUAAAAAAAUGAGGUGGAGUGGUGUGUUUAGUGGUAAGUACCCCAUGUAUGUGGUAGUGGAAUGUGGUGCUGAUGUAGCACCCACCACAUAUGUGGUAUGUGGUGGGUAUAACGGAUGGCCUAAUACUAAAUUUCUUGUUGUGACAUCAGCCACAUGUCAUUGCCGUGGUUACCCCGUCAUAUAUUUAAUUGAAAGCAUGUCUAAAACAUUACAUGCAUGGUCAACAUCAUAGGACCGAUUAUGACAAAGAAUUAAUAUUGUCCACCCAAACAAUGAAAGUAAGAUAAUAUUGUGAGUAUUUGUUUACCUUAAAAAAAAGGAAAUGGGUGCAAUUAAAUAAUGUGCUAAUAACGAACGUUAAAAAUUGUGCAGCAACUCAAUUGUGGGCUUUGGCUUUGAUCAUUCGUACCUCCUUCUCAAUGGCUUUAGUGCGCUUCUUUACCAUGUCAAGCUUCUUUUACAAAGAUUCUUAUGCCAAAAGCGGAGGGUUUAAGAUCUGCAAGCCAUUAUAUUCGUCAGAAUCCACUCCAACGGCCAUAACAACCGCUCAAUCCCUGGUUAGACGAUCAGCAAACUAUAAAGUAUCUUUAUGGUCAUUUGAUCAUAUUCAGUCACUCUCUACCAAAUAUAAAGGAAAUGAUUACACGUCAAGAGUAGAUACUUUGAUAGCUGCAGUGAAGUCGAUGAUACGCAAAGUGGGCCAUCCACUGAGUACCCUUGAACUCAUUGAUGAUUUGCAGAGACUUGGAAUAGCAUAUCAUUUCGUGGAUGACAUAAGUUAUCUCUUGGAGAUGAUUUACCACGAUUAUUACGAAACUCAGGACAAGUGGGAUAGAAUUGAUCUAAACCUUAAAGCCCUUGGUUUUAGAUUGAUGAGACAACAUGGUUAUCUUGUUCCUCAAGACAUAUUUCGCAACUUCACCGACACAACUCGAAAUCUCAAGCCCCACUUAUACAAUGAUAUGAUGUCCAUGUUGAACUUGUACGAGGCUUCAUAUCAUUCCUUUGAGAAUGAAGGCAUAUUGGACGAUUUACGACAUUUCACAGCUAAGUAUCUCAAAGAAAAUAUAGAGCAAAUUAAUGAAAAUCUAUCAUCAUUGGUAACUCACGCUUUGGAGCUUCCACUGCACUGGAGAGUACCGAGGGUAGAGGCAAAAUGGUUUAUCCUAGAAUAUGAGAAUAAAAGUGGCAUGAAUCCGACCCUUUUAUUGGAGCUUGCAAAAUUGGAUUUUAAUAUUGUCCAAGGUAUGCACCUUGAAGAUCUACAGCACUCUUCAAGAUGGUGGAGAAGUACAAGUUGGGAUAAGAAUUUAAGUUUUGCACGAGAUCGAUUGGUAGAGAAUUUCCUUUGGACGGUUGGUGUCAAUUACCUACCCCGCUUUAGUACGGAAAGAAAAAUACUGUUGAAGGUUAAUGCCAUAAUAACUACUAUUGACGAUAUCUAUGAUGUGUAUGGUAGUUUGGAUGAACUUGAACAAUUUACUUAUGUUGUCGAGAGAUGGGACAUCAAUUUGGUCGGAAAGCUUCCACAAUAUAUGAAGAUCUGCUUCAUUGGAUUCUACAACUCAAUAAAUGAGAUCACAUAUAAGAUGUUAACAAAAACCGGAUUCAUGAUCCUUCCUUACCUAAAGAAAGAAUGGGCAGAUUUAUGCAAGGCAUAUUUAGUAGAAGCACGGUGGCAUCAUAAUGGACAUACACCAACACUAGAAGAGUACUUGGACAAUGCUUGUGUAUCGAUAGCAGCUCCUGUAAUACUUAUGCAUCUUAACUUUUUGACGUCAAUAGCUUCAAAAGAAGAAAUUCUACAAGGCAUAAAAAGAGCUAAAAACAUAGUUCGCUACUCUUCCCUAAUCCUCCGACUUGCUAAUGACUUGGGGACGUCCUCGGAUGAAAUUGCAAGAGGGGAUAAUCCAAAAUCAAUCCAAUGUUACAUGCAUGAGACUGGUGCUACAGAAACGGAAGCUAGAAAGUAUAUCCAAAAGUUAAUCAUGGAAACAUGGAAGAAACUUAAUAAGGAACGGACUGGUGCAAACUCUCAGUUUUUAAGGGAGUUUAAUGAUGGUGCAACAAACCUUGCGAGGAUGGCACAAUUCAUGUACGGUGAUGGAGACCGGCAUGGUCGUCCAGAAUUGACUAGACCCCAUGUCGUAUCCCUAUUAUUCAAUCCAAUCCAAUGAAUCCAUGCAUGAACCACGAAUUGUCUUUUAAUACAAUUAUUCUUUAUUUAUAAAUUGAGAUAUCAAAAUGUUACCCCGUCGUAUAUAUGCAAAAAUGAAAUUUACA